ACAAAGGGCAGUGGCUAUUUACACUGUCGUCUGCAACAGAACAGACUAAAAUCGAAGAUGGUUUGUUUGAGGUUGUGUUGUGUUUUAUCUAAUAGUUUAACGAAAGGUUCUUUAAACUGUAUACCUUCGAGUGUGAAUAAAAAUAAACUUUCUCAUCCCACAGUUUAUAGUGUAAGAUCGUUUUUCAGAACCGUCCUCAACUAUUCUACACAGCCAGAUUGCCUUUAUACUCCCAAACAUGAAUGGAUCAAAGUCAAUGGAGAAGUGGGAACUGUUGGUAUUUCACACUACGCUCAGGAUUCACUGGGGGACGUAGUCUUUGCUCAGUUGCCUGAAGUUGGAGAAAAGAUUGAAAAAGAUUCUGAGGUCGGGGCCCUAGAAAGUGUUAAGGCUGCCAGUGAACUAUAUUCUCCCGUGUCGGGCACAGUUGUCGAGAAAAACACCGAAGUGGAAGACACACCAGCUCUCAUCAACCAAUCCUGCUACGACAAAGGUUGGCUAUUCAAGGUUCAACUAAGCAAGCCUGAUGAGUUAAAAGACCUUCUCAACGAAGAAAAGUACAAAGAGUUUUUGAAGACUGACCAGGAAUCAAAAGAUCACUAGACUAGACAAGGAAUUUGUAUUUGAUACUUAGGGUUUUAUUGUUUGUUUUGUAAAGUUUAGUAAACAUCUAUUUAUUACAGUUAUUUAACUGCAUAACAA